AUGGGUUCGUACCUGGCUGUCCCUUUGUCGCAGAGUACUGCGUCGUCUCGAAGCUGUACCAGUGCUAACCGUUUCAUCAUAGCGCCCAAGAAGAAGGAGCAGGUCAAGAUGGCCCUUGGCGAUUUCCUCCAGGACUCAAGCUACGGAGGCUCAUGGGCUGAUGAGGUCGAGGAUACGUACAGCACUCAGGCUCUGCCCGCCACCGACCGCGCAGGCUACCGUCCCAGCCAGGGUGGCUGGGGUAGCGGCGCCGGCGCCGGCGGCGACCGUUCCGAGCGAAGAGACUACGGUGGCUACUCUUCCAUCCGCGAAAACCUUCCCCAGAAGCUUCCCGAGCGACCCCCUUACACCGCCCACCUCGGCAACCUGUCGUACGAUGCCACUGAGGAGACUGUCAACGAGUUCUUCGAGGGAUGCGAUAUUGUCAGCGUCCGUAUUAUCGAGGACCGCGAGCAGCAGCGCCCCAAGGGUUUCGCCUACGCCGAGUUCAAGGAUCUCGAGGGACUGAAGCAGGCUCUGACUCUGGACGGUCAGACCUUCCAGGGACGUGCCAUCAGAAUCAAGAUUGCCGACCCUCCCCGUAGUGGUGACCGUGGCGGUGAGUCCAACCGCGACUUUAGCGACUGGUCCCGUAAGGGACCCCUUCCUGACUUGCCUGGCCGUGGUGGAAAUGACCGCCGCCCCUCCGACUUUGGCGAGCGCCGUGGCCCCCGCGAGCCCCGCGAGCCCCGUGAGGAUGAUGGCAAGGUCCGUGACUUUGGCAACUGGGAGCGCAGAGGCCCCCUUUCUCCCGUCGCUCCCAAGGAGGAUGGCUCUCGCGAAGGCAGCCGUCCCCGUACCAACGAUGGACCCCGUGAGUUCCGCGACCGCCACCAGUCCCCCGCCGCUUGGGGUGAAGGUCAGGCGCCCCGCCAGGACCGCCAGGACUCUCGUCCUCCCCGCCCUGAGCGUGUGCCGACUGCUGCCGAGAAGGACAAUCAGUGGAGAUCCAACAUGCGCCCCGACGCCUCUGGCAAGUCGGCCAGCCAGUCUCGCGAUGGCAGCGAGGCCCCAACUUCGCCCGCGGCUGCCCCCGCUGCCCCUGUUGGCCGUCCCAAGCUGAACCUGGCCAAGCGCACUGUGUCCGAGGCUCCCGAUGCCGCGUCUGCCACCAGCUCCGACUCCAAGGCCAGCCCCUUUGGUGCCGCUCGUCCCAUCGACACUGCCGCGAAGGAGCGUCUGAUUGAGGAGAAGAAGCAGCAACAGCUGAAGGAGAAGCGUGAGGCCGAGGAGAAGGCUAAGGAGGAGCGCCGUCUUGCCAAGGAGGCUGCCGCCAAGGAGGCUGAGGAGAAGGCUGCCCAAGAGGCCGCCGCCAAGGCUAACGGCGAGCGCGAGGAGGCUGCCAAGGCGGAGGCUGCCAAGGAGGCAGAGGCUGAGGCCCCUAAGGAACAGGCUCCCAAGGAGGAGGGAGACGCCCCUAAGGAGGCCAGCGGCUCUGACGAGCAGAAGGCUCCCGUCCGAUCCAGAGAGCCUAGGGAGCCCAGAGAGCCCAGAGAGCCCAGAGAGCCAAGGGAACCCAAGGAGGCACCCAAGUCUCGCGCUGCCGAGGCCAACAGCUGGAGAUCGGCUGGUGCUCCCCGUGGUCCCCCCUCCGGACCUCGCGGUGGUCGCGGCGGCCCCCGCGGCGGCGGUCGCUUUGAGGGUGGCCGCCCCCCUCGCUCCAACGGCCCUGCGCCCGAGAAGCAGUCGGCGCCUGCUUCGGCGACCGCUGAGGCUGCCGACUCGGAUGCGCCUGUCGAGGACGACGGUUGGACCACGGUCCCCAACAAGGGCCGCCGCAACGUUGGCCCUCGGGGCGCCGCCUAG